AUGAAGCUUUUCCCUUCUCUCUCAGAUGACCUUGCUCGUUGGGCAGAGCUUCAGCCAGUCUUCUUCACCGGCUCAGCUUCUACUCAUGGCUGCCACGUCAAUGUUUCUCCCAAAGGCCUAGAUGCGCACUUUGCUGUCCUUGGCCCUAAUCAAUGCGCCUACAUUGAUCGCACUGGAUCUGGGUGCGAAACAAUUUCUCAUGCGUACGAAAACGGCCGUCUUUGUCUCAUGUUUAUGAGUUUUGGUCCUUCGCCGCGCAUCCUGCGACUAUUUUGUCGUGUGACCGUUGUCGAGUGGGAUCAGCCUGCGUUCCCUGCUCUCGUACGCAAGGUCGCCAAGGGCAAACGAGAAGCCUUCGAUGGUGCUCGUGCCGUCAUUCUUUGUGAUAUUUGGCAAGCCCAGACCAGCUGUGGUUUUGGUGUCCCGCGGGUGAAAAAGGGACUCUACAGCCCCGAGGGUGACCAGGACGACAAUGGUAAUCCUGGUGUCACCAAGGCUGUUGAAGACAUCCUCCGCGAAGGAUUUCGGGAUGACGAGAAGCUGACCGAGCUUUCCGUCUUUGAACAGCGCCCCAACUUGGACAACUAUGCUGCGAAUCAAGUCCAGAACAAUAAGACGCUCAGCUAUCAGAUCGAAAAAAACUGCAGCAGUCUUGACGGCCUUCCUGGGUUGAGAGCAGCGCGGCGUGAGGCCGGACAGAGGCUUUGGGUGGGCGACUUGAAGGCCAGGAUACGGCGCAUCGCUUCGGAGGGCGAAGCGGUUGCCGUGGGGUUCCUGUUAGCGACUGUCUUUUAUUUUGUUUUGUUUUGGAUAGAUGCACGCUGGGUUUCUAUGAUUAUGUUGUAACGGUAUUGGUCAUGUGUAUGAGAUAGACGGAAGAC